CCAUCCGAGGUAAACCUCCGCGAUCGAAGCGUGUUCUCGAGCUGAAGGAUCGAGGAUGGAGAGGAAGAUGGCGGCCUUGCGAUCCCUCCGCCGCUCGGCUUCGGCUUCGGCUUGCUUCAGGCCCUCUUCGUCUUCGGCCGCCGCCGCCGCCCUCGGCCACCGGGACCUCUCUCUCGCCCGCCGCUUCGGCGUCCUCUCCCGGAGCUUGUUCGGGCUUUCCAAUCAGCCCGUUUCGGGUCCUCCCACCAGAAACCUUGCUUUCGAUUGCAGGCCCCCUUUCGGAAUGAGUAUGGGGAGCACACGUUGUUUCAGUGAAGAUGUUACUCACAUGCCCGACUUUAAAGAUCCCGAUGUUUUGAAUGCAUUCAAGGAUCUGAUGGCUGCUAGCUGGGAUGAGCUUCCUGAUAACGUUGUGCAUGAUGUGGAAAAAGCAUUGUCCAGGAAUACCGAUGAUAAGGCUGGUCAAGAGGUCUUGACCAACGUUUACCGUGCAGCUGAUGCAGUUGAGGAAUUCACUGGUGUGCUUACAUCAUUGAAAAUGGAACUCGAUGACAGUAUUGGAUUGAGCGGCGAGAAUGUAAAGCCCUUGUCAGAUGACCAUGCCAGUGCCCUUCAAAAAAUUUAUGAACGGUAUACUGCCUAUCUGGACGCGUUUGGACCUGAUGAGGCUUAUUUACGGAAGAAAGUAGAGACAGAGUUGGGAACUAAGAUGAUUCACUUGAAGAUGAGAUGUGGAGGCCUCGGCUCUGAAUGGGGAAAGGUUACGGUUCUUGGAACUUCUGGACUUGCUGGAUCGUAUAUUGAGCAAAGAGCUUAAACCGUGGCGUUCAUUUUUAUCUUCUGUCAUCGAAACUCUGCAGCUUGCAUUUGUGAUCAUGUUUUUCGGAAUUCGGAAGGAAGUUUGGUAGUUGAAAAAGUCCAAAGAAAAAGUUUGAGUUGACCUGUUCUUCAAUAAAGGAUUCUAAUUGUUGACAUAAUGUUGGGAAUGAGGCUGUAUCUGGUGAUGUUUCCCAUGUUUAAUUGGCCAUGAAGAAAUGUUCUCACGAUAUUUGUCGUGCAAUUUAUUUUCGAAUUUGCUCC